CCCCCUCCCUCUUCAAUAUUUCCGUCUCCCACCUAAGAAUCUAUUUCCAUUACUCUCCUUUCCUUUCCCAUGGAUGCUCUCUUCGUUUAUGCCCUUCUCCUCUCCGCAUUCUCCAGUUUUGUAAUCAGAUUCCUUUUCCUGUGAUUCAUAUCCCAGCUGCCAGUGCCACUUACUUAAAGCUCGCUUGGACUGGAAAAGCAUUUCCCAUUCUCCUCCAUUAUUCUGAUCAUCCUCUAAAAUCUUUACAUAUACAAAUUUACGUACAUAACAAUUUCCUAAACCCUAGAAAGCUUUUCCUUUACGUGCAUGCAGAUUGUCUAGCUAGCUCCCUCGAUCAUCCUCUAUACCAUUCUUAUUAAUUAGAGAUCUUUGCUUUUUGCAUUUUCAAUCGGCCACAAUGUUGAAGGGUGUAAACGUAAAUUCCACUUUGUAUGAACAGUUCCUCAUCAACUGUACCGCCGUCAACCCUCCCAUCUGCUGCUCCUCCGAACUCUCCGCCACCGUGGAAGAAGCCAUCUACGCCUCCGACGAGUUCCGCAUGUACGCGUUCAAGAUCAAGCGGUGCCCAAAGACCCGAGCCCACGACUGGACGGAGUGCCCGUUCGCGCACCGCGGCGAGAAGGCCCGCCGCCGGGACCCCCGCAGGUUCAACUACGUUGCCAUUGCCUGCCCCGAGUUCCGGCAUGGGGAGUGCCGCAUGGGGGAGGCGUGCGGGUUCGCGCACGGGGUGUUCGAGUACUGGUUGCACCCCGCGCGGUACCGCACCCGCGCCUGCAACGCGGGGCACUACUGCCGCCGCAAGGUGUGCUUCUUCGCGCACACGCCGGAGCAGCUGCGAUCGAGGACCCAUUACCGGUGCCACUACGCGUACAGGGUGUGCAUGGAGGCACCGAAGGCGGCCGUGCUGAUGCCGGGAUUGAGGAAGAGUCUCCGGCGAUCGGAGUCUGAGGAGUUUUUGGAGAUCUUGAGGAAGUUGGAGAUAGGAGAGGGGGGAGGGGAGAGGCCUUCCGGGUGGGGAAUAUCGGAUAUAUCGGAUAUGGAUUUGCCACAUGUCGGUUGGAUUUCGGAGCUGGUGGAGUGAAGGAAGUGUAGAUUUCUGAAGGGUUCGUGGGGAUCGAACGAUGGAGAUUAAUGGAUGUCGUUUAAUUUGACGUCGUUUUAUGUAGAAAAAGUAUUGUCGAGCCUGAAGUCUGUACCUAUAAGCGAGGGGUAAGUUAUAACUUUAUUGUGCUUAAUUAGGGUUUCUCAAUUGCUCGAGGGCCUUUUUUGUGAGGUAGGAGAGGGUUUGUGGAACUGAGUCAAAGUUUUUGUGUCAUUAAAUAAAUAAAAUAAAAGAGGGCUAGAGGGUAUGUUUGGGUGUGGGGAGUGUAUAGAAUGAGAAUUAACUGCAUAUUUGGUAUAUAGGAAUGGAAUGUGAUUGGAAAGGAAUGAAAAAUCAAAAUUUUCACUUAAUUUUAUCAUGUUCAACAUUUAAAUUUUGUUUCAUUCCUUUUUAAUCUUAUUCUAUUAUAUAUACCAAAUAUACUAUAAAGAGUAUGUAACACAAUUUAAGGGACUCAGAAAAAUGUAAAAUGAAAGGGAGAAGAGUCAUUGAAUGUACUUUAAUUUUAUGCCCCUUUUUAUGUAAAAAUUGUCCAAUGUAUUAUUAUGUGUCUGUCUAUAAGAGGUGUUAAUGAAAUGUAUUAUUAUAUGUUAUUAUGUGUCAACAAGAAAUAGUCAUUUUGUAGACAAAAUGGUCUAAUGAACUUUAAAUAGUUAUUCUCUC